UUGUAUCGUUUGUUUAUGUACACUUACUGUUGAGAACUAUGGAGUAAGGUUAAGUUACAGAUGUUUCAGAAUUAUUGCCACAAUGAUUUUGUAAACUGUUCCGUUGUUAGGUAAAGGCGGAUGACUGCACUAUUUCAAUUGAAAUGAAUUAUUAAGGAUUAUAUUUUUAAGAGUCUUGAUACUGUCAUUCCGAACGAGGUUUGUUCAGUUUUAUAAACUUUUCGAAGAACUGAAGUUAUUUUAGAAUGAUCUCCAUUGUACUCCAAAACGACUCACCUUUAGUUUGGAAAGCAUCUGAUUGGAUAAAGAUCCGAGAAGAGCACAGGAUCGUAGGCAGCCUGAUCGGUUGUCUAGUCGGAUUACCAAGACAAGACACAUUUCAAGGUCUCCCCCUCAUGUUACUCAAGGAGGAAGUAACUUUACUUCUUGAGAAGAAUUUAGCCUGUGUCAUCAGUGAUUCUGCUCUGUCUCAAAGACCUGAUGAUCAGUCAAGAGAAAAAUAUUCGUUGUAUAAAGAAGAAAAUAAGAAAGAACAGUUGCAGUGCUAUGAAGCUCAACGUAAAGAACAGAUAACAUCUCUGAUUGACAGAAUAAUUGAGGGGAAACGAAGAAAGCGGUUGGGUCUCAGUACAAAGAAGAAAAAAAUAAAUGAUCAAGAUAAUUCUAAUAGUGAAGAAACACUGUCAUCUGACUUUGAAUUAGAUCGAGAUGAGAUUUUGAAGAUUGAACUAAACAAAUCGUCUGCUAGUCUUUCUCCACCUCUGCUAGUACAAACAUUUUUAAGUGAACAUUGGACGAAUGAAUCUGAAGAAACUGUGAAAUGGAGGUUUCCAGAAACUUCACAUGAAAGACUGAGAUAUUCCACUUUUAAAGACCUUUGGGAAAAAGGUUUUUAUAUUACUGAAGGACAUAAAUUUGGCGUCGACUACCUUGUGUAUCCAGGAGAUCCUGUGAAGUUCCAUGCUCAGUUCUUGGUGGUCUGCAAAGAUUACAACGAGACAUUUUCUACAGUUGAUUUCAUCUCAUAUGCUAGACUAGGAUCAAUAUCGAGAAAAACGUUUGUGAUUGCAACGAAGCCAUCAGAUAGUGAAAAUGUUGUAUAUCAAUCAAUUCAGUGGGCUGAAAAAUCUCAAUAGAAUCCCUUAUAAGCAGUAUUUUACAAAGUCAUGUUCAGUUUUUUUGGAAAAAGAAACAGAAACCAAUACAUUGUUUUUAAGUAAUGUAAAUAAUGACAGAUAAGAAUCACUACAAUUUUAUACAAAUUUGUAUUUUUUAGAAAAAAAAUAAAUGUUGUUAU